GGCCUGACGCGCGUGAUGCUGGACACGCUGUUCUUUCUGCUCGAGCGCCUGUUCUUGCUCGCGCACAUUAAAAUAUCUUUGCCGCGGCUUGUGCAGGUAGAGUGCGAGCCCGCGGCGUGCACGCGGAGGGACGAUGUUUCGUGGACUCGGUUCUCACGCGGGGACCUGCUGGAGGUGCCGCGCACUCUCUUUACGCACUUCGGGAUAUACUUGGGAGACGGCCGCGUGGCGCACCUCAUCCCUGAUGCGCUGCCGCUCGUGACCACAGACCCAUGGCGCGUGCAGUGCAUGGUCACGAACACGCGCUUGCUUCUGGGCGUGCUGUCCAAACAGGCGAGCGUUCGUGUGGACUCCGUGGAGGACUUUGCUUAUGGCGCGCGCAUCCUCGUGAAUCGCGCGGACGCGCAGUGCGCUCCGCUGUGCGGUGAAGAGUCUGCGCUGCGCGGGGAGCGGCUCAUCGGACCCGUGUCCUACAGCCUCCUGUGGAACAACUGCGAACACUUUGUCAGGCACUGCCGCUACGGACACGCGCGCAGCCUCCAAACCGAACAGUUCUGCUUGUGGAUGAAGUCCGUGGUCCGGGACUCCAGGACUCUGCUGGCCUCAGUCUUGAUGGGGAUCCUGGUUUUGGUCUUCUUUGGGACCUCUCUCUCCACGCUGGUGCCUGCUCUCCUGCUCCCCUUCACGCUAUGGAUGGCCAGCUAAAGACACCAGACUUAUCAUUAUUAUUAUAUGCUACUGCAACCACAAAAACACAAGCCUACAAAGAGACCUAUUAUGCAAAAUCGACUUUUAACCAUGUUAUAGUUGUUUCGCCUUCUCCUUUACCCACUUGAAGCUGUAUUUAGUUUGAGUAAUCUUUAUAUACCUGUAUUCAAGACAUCAUUGCUCCGAUCAACUCCCAUUUUCACCACCACCGGUACAUGCCCAUUGCUCUGUACUUACAUUGUUCUCCAGUUUUAUUUUCUUAAUUGGUGAUACAUGUAGGCCUAAAUGAAAAAAAGCUGCACGUAGGAGGUUCUGACAGCAGGGCCUGUUGUUGUGAUGGCGUUUACAGCGACGUCGGCUCCCAUUGGGUGCCGCAAUUUUCUAGACGGGAAAUCUGCAGGCCAAUAUUGCGAGAGAAAAAAAAUGCCCUAAAUAUAACAUAAUGAUCCACUGGUGUCAUAGAUUAUAACUACACAGUAGACAAAGACACAAUAUGUCUUCUUUAAAAUCUAAAAUGGCGCCCCCUGGAGUUCAGUAUGCAGUUUGAGAGACAGUAGAAUGUGGUGAUGUUUUUUCACUGUUAUCUGUUAUGUAGAGUUUUUAUAAGAACUAUCCAAAUGCAAACUGAUUAUUUCUAUUAGUGACACUGUCCAUUCUCUCGCCAUUUUAAUUUAACCACACGUCAACAUCUGCAGAUUAACCAGAGACAUGUGACGUGCUCCCAUCUCACUUAAACUACAGGGAUAUAGGAAGGACGGGAGGGCAUCUGACACAUAGGAAUAAUGUGAGAGUGAGUCAUGGGAGUGGGUGAGAAUAAUAUUUGUAAUUAUUGGCAAGUUACAGCUCAGAUCUGUGGAAAGGCAAGUCCACUUACAGUAAGAAUGCAUGUUUUUGAAUGUAUUUUUCAGCAAUAAAAACACCUGUAAUUGAAUAAA